GAGAAGAAAAGCAUCCUAAAAAGUCGAAUUACAAUGUAGAGUUAAAUUCUCUUCGACGUGUUUAUAAAUGGGCAACCUGAAGGUUGUUUUGGCUGGUAAACACGAGCCAUUGAACGUGGCAAGGGCUGAAAUUUCUUCACAAUCUUCGUUGAGUAACUGCUUAGGUCGACAAAGGAGUUUACAAAGAUAUAAUGGAAUUCACAAAAGAACAGCAGAACUUCUUCAAGCUAUGUCACAUCGUCUAUGACAUCGUAAGUGAAGGUCUCCUAAGGAUUUUCAAGCAAGAAUGGGAUGCUUUGUACACAGCUUCGCAUGGUCAAAGAUUUCAUAACAUGGAGGGAACAUACGAAUGGCUUCUGAGCAUGAUGUCAAGUGGAGGCAGAAAAGACUGGAAUUCCAUUUGUCUAAUAUAUACAAUACUUAACUGCCGCUUAGGACCAAGAUUAUCGUCUGCGGUUAAAAAUGGCGUCGAUGAAUUACUAGCAUGUCGUGAUGAAUUGGCACAAAAAACACAUGGAAAGAUAAGUGAAACUGAGUUUCAAUUGUCUAUACAAAAGAUCAAGGUAGCAUUUUCAUCUUUAGAGCUUGAUACUACACGAAUUAAAGAGAUAGAAAAAUGGGAAUUUUUGGCAACUGAAUAUCUUACCAACAUGAAAAUUAAACUAGAUGUCCAAGAAGAAGAGAAACGAAACUCGGAACCAAACUCCUUUUGUAAACUUCCUCCACACCCCAGCCAUAACAUAAUACACAGAAAGAAAGAGUUUGACAAGAUAUAUAAAAUAAUGCAACGGUUAUCAAGUGAAAACAAGGGGAAAACGACAGUCGUUUACUUGUCUGGGAAUCCAGGUUGUGGGAAAAGCGUGAUGGCAAGACAAAUUGUAGAGAAGUGCUACGAUAGCGACACCACAGAUACAUUAAAGUUUGUGAUGACGCUUGAUGCCUCUAACUUGGACACUUUACUGCAGUCAUAUUUCAUGUUUGCUCAGAGACUGAACUGUCAUUUUGAUACUAUAAUAAGUAUUGCACAAGAUCUUUCCAAUGAAGUACAAAUCCUCCAAUUAAAGGCUCUUGUCAGCAAACAAGUGGCCAAGUACUCGAAAUGGUGGAUCAUUGCUGACAAUGUAACUAAUUCAAAAUUCUUCUCCCAAUACUGCACAAAAGGUGGAGAAAAGACUAGUGGUGAGGGACAGAUUCUUGUUAUCACGCAAGACAGUGCCUCUAUUCCUAUUAUCCCAGAAUGUUACCAUGUUUCACUCAGUUCCGGUAUGACAGAAGAAGACGCCAUUGAACUACUUUCUGAAGAAUCCGGACAUAGAGAUGCAGAAAACCAUGUUAUGUUGAAAGUCUCCAGAGCCCUAGAUUUUCAACCGCUUGCUUUAUCUGCUGCUGCAUUUUACAUGGCUAAAGUUCGAACCGUCGACAAACAAUAUACCUGGCUUCAAUAUCUAAAGGCCUUGGAAGAAGAUCGAGAAAAGCUAGAAAGAAAAUGUUAUAAGGCAUCAGUAUCGUACAAAAUGCCAAUGACAUUUGCAGUGAGUUUCCCUCUCUAUAGAGAGAUUUCUGACGAAAUUAUGCUGCAUGCAUUUCGCUUCCUAUCUAUAUCUGGAUCAGGUCCCAUCCCUUUAGAGUACGUGGUGGAGUACGUAGCUAAGUACCUGCCUGACGAAGACAAAAACCUCAUUGCUUCGAGAAUUUGUUCAUCGUCAUUAUUAAUGAUAUUGGACCUAAAGAACAUUAGCAUGCACCGUGUGGUUUAUUACCUUUUGCAAAGGAAUCCAUAUAUURCURAAGAUAGAGUACCAUCGGAGAUCCUUGCACGUGGCCCAAAAGCACAUCUUGCCUAUCAAACAGCAYUGAAAAGUGGGAAAGUCAAAAAUUGUCGGGUGCCUAUUGUUGUGGUUGGCCAAUCUCGAUCUGGAAAGACAAGCUUACUCAGAUCACUUUAUAGAGAGAAAUUCAAUCCCUCGGAAGAUAGCACCGUUGGCGCAAAGCUUCAGCGAUCGUUAUGUAAGGCGGAAGAAGGCGACUGGGAGAAAACCGAAACUGACGAACACACAGUUUACAAUCGAUGUGCUGCAAGAGCAAUGGCGCCACAAUUACUAACRACAGAUUCCAUAAAUUCCGAUAAUGACGACAGCGAUGAUAAUGAAAAAUCCCUAGCAGAAGAGAACAAGAUUGAAAACGACGACUCAAAAGCAUUUCCAGCAGAGAAGAAGGUUUUGCACUUCGAUGAAGAUUCUGAAGUGGCAAAGGAAGAAACAACACAAGAAGACUUCGAAAUUCACAAAGAUGUCCUCGAGCCUAAACASCUUCCUGAGCAAGUUGCAACGUGUGCCGAGAAUAUUUUAGAAAACCCAGAUUCUGUGAAACARAUGGAAAAUGAUCUAUUUUUACACACCAUGGACUUCGCAGGACAACCAGUCUACAGUGUCACGCACCCCGUGUUCCUUCCCCCGAAGGGGAUCUUUCUUCUUGUCCAUAACUUGGAAAACGAUCUGCACGCUCAAGCGACUCCUAUGGUAAAAUGUGGAGCAGCAGAAAUAAUAGUCGACGAUCAUUGUCCAAUGACCAAUAUGGAUCAUUUGGAAUUCUGGUUAUCUUUGGUUGCAGCUAAUUCAACUCUCGAAGGUGGUUCUCCAGUCUUUGUGGUCUCCACUCAUGCCGACAGACUUUCCCUCCCAAAUGCAGAAAGAAUUGCAAGAAUAAUUCUCUUUCACCUAAAGAGAGACGACUUUUCACCGGGAAAUCACGUUGUCCGUGGCAUACACAUUGUGGAUAACACAAUAUCGGGAAGCAAAGGAGCAAACGACCCUGGUGUACAAAAUCUCAAAGUAGCAAUAUCUAACAAAGCGAGAAGCCUUCCUCAAUUCGAUGAAGAUAUCCCCAUUCGUUGGUUGGUUUUCGAGAAAAGCCUCAUGAAUGUUGUCAAAGAAGAACAGAAGAAAUACAUCUCACAUGAAGACGCCAAAUCCAUUGCCUUACAAUGUGAAGUAGAUGUUGAAUCGGAUGAGUUCCGCACUCUUUUGGACUAUCUACAUGACUUGAAAGUGAUCAUCUACUUCCCGGAAACCAACAUGAUCAUCAUCGAUACACAAUGGCUGCUUGACAUGUUUGCCAAGGUGAUAACUGUUCUACCAAUUGAAUACCAUGAAGAGUACGAACAAGAAUGGGAGAAACUAGAAGACCAGGGAAUAGUUGAUGAGAAGUUUUUGAAGUACCUCUGGAAGGACGACAGCACUCCAGUGCAAUCGUUAAUUACCAUCAUGGAAAAGUUCUCCCUCAUCUGCAAACAACAGGAUGGAUCAUAUCUGGUUCCUGCUAUGUUGUUGAACGCUCCAGAGUGCCAUGAAUUGAUGAAUACAGAUGAAAUGGCUUCGUCAUUGGUAAUUCGAUUCAAAAGUUCGCACCUUCCGUUCGGCGUUUUUCCAAGACUUUUUGCUGCUGUUCAUAAGUUGUGUAGCUCAAGAUGGCCUGAUUCUACCCCACCUAGUCUCUCCAGGAACUUUGCGAGAUUUUACAUUGCUGAUGACGCAUUCAGCUUGGUUCUCAUUUCUGAUGUCCAAACCAUUACUGUUGCCCUGGUCAAUGAAGAAACUCCUGGUAGUCGAGACGAUUAUCUAUGUUCCUUUCUAUUGAAGUUUCUGAGGGAGACUCUACCAGAAAUGAUGGAAUCAUUUCCUUGGAUGAAAAGCUUGGAGUUUGAGUUUGGUAUCCGUUGUCCAAUUUGUGAAGACGCUGUACCUUGUACAAAACACAACAAGAUGGCCUGUUCUAGAGACUCCUGUGCUCACUUCAUACCAGAGAAGGAACUGUUGAAAAAAACUAAGCCACGUUGCCACAAGAGCCCCACAAAACGUAACAUAAUUCCACCUUCAAGGUUCUCGCACUGGUUUCGCAGCAACAACUCAGCUGAAGUCAAUGAAGCACAAGAACAAAUUCAAGGUCUCAGCUUGGGUUCGUGUUCUACAGAAGAUGACGCUCUGUGUAAGGAAGUCAUGGCCGCUUUCAAUCAAAUUUCCCUGAAGACAAUUUCACAGGACGAGGUGACUAGAACAGCUAAGAGAAUCGCUGAUACAUUCAACCUUGACAAACAUAGCACAACCAAUCCACCAAAAGAUAUCGUACAGAAAUGUAGGACUAGCUGCAAAUGGUUGAUUGCUCAAGGAGGGAAAGUUUUUGUAGAAGCUUUACGAAAUGAGCUGCCUAGUGGAAUGACAGGUCCUUUGAGAGUUGGAUGUGAUGUUAAAGUAUGCGACAUGGAUACUGUUACAAAAACUCAGUUAUCAAAAGAGUUAACACUCAAAGAAGUUGAGUGGAAGGCUUUCGCUAAGAAGAAAGUAGGAUUAUCUCACGUCGAUAUUGAAUUUUUAGAUAAGAGAGAGAAAAACUCUGUUCUAGAAAUACUGAAUGAGCAUUGCCGUGACUGGUCUGUGGAGCAACUUUAUGAUGCCGUAGUCAGUGUAGGAGCGGAAGCGAUCGUAGAUCGAUACUUUUAAUUCAGUAAAUUUAAAUUGUAAAUAGACGGCGUACUUUAUUACUACAAAACGGCAACUCAAAACGGUAUUUAGAAUACUUUUUGUGAGCACUUUGCAAGAACGUACUAUUUCAUACUAUAUACUAUAUUUUUGUUAAAAUAAGUUAUUGUAAUGUCCUUUUCGCGGUUAGAAAACAAGUUGCACGAGGAAGUUGUUAUUUU